AUGGAUCCAGAAACAACCUCAGUUUAUUUGGAUUAUUACUAUGCUACCAGCUCGAACUCUGAUAUCAAGGAGACUCACUCCCCAAUUCCUUACACAUCUGUGUUUCUUUCCAUCUUUUACACAGUUGUGUUCCUGACUGGAGUGUUGGGCAACCUCAUCCUUAUUGGUGCCCUGAAUUUCAAACGUGGCAGCAGAAGACUAAUUGACAUCUUUAUCAUCAACCUGGCUGCCUCUGACUUCAUUUUUCUUGUCACAUUGCCUCUCUGGGUAGAUAAAGAAGCAUCUCUAGGACUGUGGAGAACAGGCUCUUUUCUGUGCAAAGGCAGCUCUUACGUGAUCUCAGUCAACAUGUACAGCAGUGUCUUCUUGCUCACUUGCAUGAGUGUUGACCGCUACCUGGCCAUCAUGUGUCCAGCUGUAUCCAGGAAAUUCAGAAGGAGAGACUGUGCAUACGGAGUCUGUGCCAGCAUCUGGCUUAUCUCCUGCCUCCUAGGGUUGCCUACUCUUCUGUCCAGGGAGCUCAAGCUGAUUGAAAAUAAGCCAUACUGUGCAGAGAAGAAAGCCACUUCAGUGAAACUGACAUGGGGUCUGGUCACCUUAAUUUUCACCUUUUUUGUCCCCUUGCUAAGCAUUGUGACCUUCUACAGUUGCAUCACAAGAAAACUGUGUGCUCACUACCAGCAAUCAGGAAAGCACAACAAGAAACUGAGGAAAUCCAUGAAGAUCAUCUUUAUUGUUGUAGCAGCGUUUGUCUUCUCCUGGCUGCCCUUUAAUACUUUCAAGCUCCUAGCCAUUGUUUCUAGGCUGCAGCAUGAACACCACUCUUCAUCAAAUACUCUUCAGUUUGGUAUCGAGGUGAGUGGGCCCUUGGCAUUUGCCAACAGCUGUGUCAACCCUCUGAUUUACUAUACCUUUGACAGCUAUAUCCGCAGGGCCAUUGUGCACUGUUUGUGCCCUUGCUUGAAGAACUAUGACUUCGGGAGCAGCACUGAGACAUCAGAUAGUCACCUCACUAAGGCUCUUUCCAACUUCAUCCAAGCUGAGGAUUUUGUUAGAAGAAGAAAGAGGUCUGUGUCACUCUAA